AUGAGCAGAAGACCAAUAGGCAUCAGUGAGAAGGAUGUGUUGUUAACUCCAACAGUAUGCGAGCGGGAGCUGUGCGUAUUUGCAUUCCAGACUUUGGGUGUAAUGAAUGAAGCUGCAGAUGAAAUUGCAACAGGGGCACAGAAUGCAAAAUUACACAUUGUUUCUGUUUUAACCAGGAUAAUUUCCAGCAACAGAUCCCAUAUUGUAAAAUUACCUGCAAACAGGCAACUAAAGUUCAUGCACACUCCACACCAGUUUCUGCUCCUCAGCAGUCCACCGGCCAAAGAAUCCAAUUUCAGGGCAGCAAAGAAACUUUAUGGGAGCACUUUUGCAUUUCAUGGCUCACAUAUAGAGAACUGGCACUCCAUUUUAAGGAAUGGUUUAAUUGUUGCAUCAAAUACGCGAUUACAGCUUCAUGGUGCAGUGUACGGGAAUGGCAUCUAUCUUAGCCCAUUGUCAAGUAUUUCUUUUGGUUACUCAGGGAUGAAUAAAAAGCAGCAGAAGGUGGCAGCCAAGGAUGAACAGCCUUCAAACAAUAAAGCAGCCACUUUACAGUCACAGAAAAAAGGACAGCAACCCCAGUUUUUGCAAAGUCGUAACCUAAAGUGUAUAGCCUUAUGUGAAGUGAUUACUUCACCAGAUUUGCACAAACAUGGAGAAAUUUGGGUAGUUCCACAAACAGAUCAUGUCUGCACAAGAUUCUUUUUUGUUUAUGAAGAUGGCCAAGUGGGCGAUAUCAGUACAAACACACAAGAACCCAGCAUACAUAAAGAAAUCCUUCGAGUCAUUGGAAAUCAGACAGCAACAGGUUAAAAGAAUCACACGUCAUCACUGACUGGAUCAGAACACAUUUUAUGGCUUUUAAGCUGCAGUGCAGUUUUGAACUAAAAUAUUAACAAUCUGAUUUCAAAUGCACAAAAAUGAGAUUUUGAAUAACGCACUUUAAUUUUCGGAUUUCUUACCUGAACCCAACAACAUGUUAAUAAUUCCAAGUCUGGGGUGUAGGUUUUGUCAAAUGGUGGUUUUGUUAUAGAUUUUCCUGACAGGAUUGACCCAAAUUUUAUUCAGCUUUGGCACUGGUGGAGCAUUGAGUGUGAGGUUGAAGCAGUUGUGGCCAAGUUGUGCUCCUGUGCUCAUUUAAACAGUGGGUCCUGACAAAGUGUAAAACUGUGUAGUAUCUGAAAUGAAUGAUAUACAAUUGGGCUUGUGGGGAGUGCUUGAGGAGGAAAAAAUUUCCUCAGGCAUCAUCUGAUUCAAGGAGCCAUUUUCUUUCCACAUUUAUCAAGUGUUUUGUUCUUUUUCUUUCUUCAUAAAAUUCUCUAAGUUUUAGGAAUGCUGAUAUAAUCCUGUCCCUUCAGGAACAGGAGCUUGCAUUUUAAAAAAGUCAGUGUGUGUUAUAACACCCUGGUUGUGCCAGUCAAACCAUGAUGAUAUCUGUUUCGAAAAAGAUUAUAUUACAAUGGCAAAAAGAAAUUAUUUCAAAAAACUGCCUGGGGUGCUUUGAUUGCAGGCCUAAGUGGAGCCAACCCCUUUCUAAUGUGCCAUAGAGAUGCCACCUUUUAUAUGAAAGAGACCCUUUUUUUAAAACUCCUGGUGGUGAUUAGCAUUGGUGCUGGCUGCCUCUCCAAUUUCCUUUUACAAGAAAGUAAAGGUAAAAAACUGUCAGCACAUUGAGAAAUGAUAUGCCAAAAUGUACAUUUUUUUUAACUAGAGCUACAGUGCAAAACUUUAGCAUAUUGAGACAAUAAAAGAUGCUCAUUUUGAUAUCUUGACUGGUCCAAAAAUACAACAUUAUUUUCCAUAAAAGUGGCACAUUUAUUUUGAAAAUAAGGAUUGGUUUUCAAUGAUAUCUCUAAAGAAAAGAAAUUUAUUAUACUGUUGAAUCAUUUGCUGUUGUGAAACAGAAUUUCUUUAAAGAUAGUACCCUCUCACUUCUAUCUCCUGAAUAGAAUCAAUGCAUUGCUCUUAAACCUUCAAAAUUCUGGCAGUGUUGAAUUACCUACUGGUAAAUUUCUAGGUGCGGUUUACUGGUUUUGGUGGUUAUUAUGUACAAACAAAAAGGUAAACAACAUUUUUGUUAACUAUUUUGUCCAGUAUUGUAUGAUCUUUAAGUAAAGCAUGUGAAUGUGACCACAUGACAUCGAAUUGAUGAUGUCAUCAUCACAUGACAGUUAUUAGCUUCUAAUUUGAAAAGUUUAAUUUUGCAAGUAACAUUUUGUUGUAAUGCUGGGUAUUAUAUUUGUGGGGCAAUACCCUCUUCAAUCUAUCAUGUAAGUCAGAUAAAACCAUGUUAAUCUUGGCUUUAUUUAAAAUAUGAAAAGAAAUUAAGGAAGUAUUUUGUUUAUGUAUUAAUAUAUGUCUCAUGUUGAAUUGUAGAGGGGUUUACACUGGAGAGAUUGAUACAGUCUGUGUUGUUUGUGUUGUAAUGGUGCAGACAGGGAAUUGAUGGCAUGAAGAGAGCAUUACAAUAUUUAUAUUUUUCAUUAAAGUUGCUCAAAGUUACAGACUCAAUAUAGAUACAAGCACAAAAUAUUUUACAAUGCAUAUUCCACCUUUCUUUACCAAACACAGUCAAAAUUAACGUUUAAUUUGAAACUGUUCAAUUUCAUAGUUUGAGAAAUAGCACUCUUCAGAAUGUUUGCCCUCUUUCAUUUCUUUUUGCUGUCUCCCUUCAUAUUGGCGGUACCUAUUUCAGCUUAAAAAAAAGUCAGGUAUGGAAAAAGUUUACAAAUCAAACUUUCUAUAGACUUGAGAUUUGUUUAAAAUACAAAAAUCUCAUCUUUUGAAUACAUCUUACAUUAGCAUUGUCCACUGGAUUGUCUUAACAUUUAUGUCAUUUUAAAACGGUCAUUGUUGCUACAUUUUUCAAAUGUUUGAGGAUGCUUAUUAUAAACACCUGUAUGUAACAAGAAAGGUAUGCAAUGUAAACUAAUUCUUCAAAACUGGUACCAGUUGUUUCAGCAUAUAUUGUAUACUUGUACCUUUUUGUCAAAAUGAAGAAGGUUUGAUAGGAUCUCUAGUCAUUGUCAUUUGGUUAAAAAAAACCAUACCAGAAGUUCACUGUUUUUAAUCAUGAUUUAAAAUAUUUUUUAAAAUUAUAUUUAUGUUCUGCAUUUUAGUAUAUGUCACUUCUUUUAUCCAGUUGUGGAGUUUGUUUAUACAGCUUCUUGUAUGCUAUUAAAUCACCAGUCCAGCACUAUCUGGAUCUCUGCAGUGCAGUUCAUAGAUCCUCGGUCAGGAACUAGGGUGAACUUUUUAGGCAAUCAGCACUGUGCAUUUAAAAUUACCCUUACAAAUAACUUGGAAUGUGUAUGUUUACAUUGAAACUCACAGCAGUUAAUGACUCUUUCAAUGAUUUUGUUUUGGAUUAAUUAGAGCUGAAAUCAGUAGACGCACAAAAUGGAUGGUAAUGAACAAAAUCAAUGGAAAUUAAAAUCAGACAGGGUGAAGUUAACACCUGUUUUAUGCCCCUGCCAAAGUGGAAUUUUAUUCAUAAUAUUUUCAUUCUGUGUUAUUCAGCAAGUGGAACUUUUUUGGAAGAUCUAUAUCUGACUAAGCUUCAGUUCCAGUACAUAGUAUGGUGAGGAGAUGCCUAUAUUUUCAUUCCAGAUUGAAUCAUGAUAAAGUGAACAUUUUGCUUUGAAUAGCAUAUUUAUUUCAUUCACUCUAAGUAAAAUUAUUUUUAUUAAAAGUAUCUUUUAUGCCUAAUGAAAUAAGUUAAAACAAUUCUUCUCAUUGAUGUAAAACAAAAUUGGCAGCAAGAUGUGCUACCUGAGCCACUUGAGAUAAAUGAAAGUGCAGUGACACUUUCUUUGCAUUAAUAUUUCGAAUACCAUCCAGUGGAGGGACCAGUAUCCAUACUGACACACUACAAAAGCCUUUUUCAUUAAUGUGAAAGACAUGCAAGUCAGGUCACCUUUAUCCACCACCGAAUCUGGCAGCAUCAUUGCCAGCUUAUCUCCAGAAGUACCAAGAGAAUUAAAUUCCUAAUUGGCAGCUGGAAUUCUGUCACCAGGGCUCUUGGCUCUACUCCCAGUCCCAUCCCCAAGAACUACUUACCAGAGGCAGACAGUUCUCAGUUACCAGAAGUGCCCAAAUGGCUGCUGCCAGUCAUCCAGUUGGGUCCUUACAGAAAGGUAAGUGGGGGUGAAGUAGCAGCGAUGGGGAGGAGGGCACUGGCGAAGAUGGGAAAAUGGUGAGAGGAAAGGACUGGAGAAUACUCUGAGCCCGUAACCCCUUCUAAUGCCAGGAUCUUCAAUCAGGCACUGAGUUUCUCCAAACAGAAGGGAUCUCCUCCGCAAUCCUCCAACCAGGCUGCAAGCAAAUUGAUCUGGUUUUCUUGGUGUUCUGUCUACAAGCAGAGUCCUCCACAUGCCACUGGUUUAGUAGCUGCACUGGCCUAAAUUGUGCAUUAACUUCCACUUCAGUUGUGCACUGAGCAAAAAGACUGCCUGUAAGCCAUCUUGCCUCAAAUUGGGAGGUGUGAGAACAGGAUGUCCACAGCGCCCUGUCCUCAAGCACUCCCCCCACUCCCCACCACCAAUCAAAUAGUUUGAGCGCCUGUCCAUGUCUCCGAAUUCAUACACAGGAGCCUUACGUUUCAUCCCAUGUGAGAAUGGCCAUGGUGGACUUUUGCAAGAGUGACAGGAAUUCCAAUACAUUGGCAGUGCUUUAGUGCAUAAUUAUUAUUGUGGUGUGUUGUAGAAUGUGUUUUUGCAAUAUGGAAUGCCUUUUUCAUAAGCUAACUAUUGAUUUUAUAAGCCUAGCCUUUGAAUACGUACUGAAAGAGUGCUCCAUACUUGGAGCUGCUGUCUACUAUGUGAAAUAAUACAUUAGGGCUCCAUUUACCAGUUCUUGUUGCCCAGGUGGAUGUAAAGAUGUUGCACCAUGCCUCAGAGAAGAGCAGUGAUCUUUUUUCACCCUGAUUCUAGUUUUCUAUUCCCAGCUCAAUGUGUGGGAUCUUACUGUUCCCAAAUUGGCUGCCACAUUUAUCGACAUCCCCUGGUUGUGAACUACUUUGAAAUCUCCUUAAGACAUAAUAUGGAGAUAUAAGAAAAAUACAAGUUCUAUAUUUCUCCUUCCUCUUUGGUAUUCCUACAUAGUGCAGAAGUAAAGUUGAACAUAUCUCAAGAUCAAACAUCAUGUAUAAUACUGCACUCUCAACAGUGGGAGAAAAAAAAAAAGUGGAAAAAUGCUGACUUGUUCAAAGCAAA